AUGUCGUGCUGUUGUAUCAAUAACCUGGCUCUUGAGGAUGUUGUCGUUGCCCUUAAAAUCUGUCCUGUGAUCUCAGCAUUUCUUGGACGACACCCACACCCCAGAAAUUCAGCAUUUUAUCGGCUGUUGAAGGAAAAAUUCAAAGUUCAAGUUGUUGCGCAGCUGUUGGGUGUAGCACAUUCUUUUGAAUACUGA